AUGAGUAAUGAAAACAAAAGGAUUCAUAAAUUAGAUGAAUCGGUUAUAAACAAGAUAGCUGCAGGAGAAAUUAUAAUUCAACCAGCUAAUGCAUUAAAAGAAAUGUUAGAAAAUUCAAUAGAUGCAAAAUCAACAAAUAUAGAAAUAGUUGUAAAAGAAGGUGGAUUAAAAUUACUACAAAUUACAGAUAAUGGAACUGGAAUCAACAAAGAGGAUUUACAUUUACUUUGUGAAAGAUUUACAACUUCAAAAUUAGCAAAAUUUGAAGAUUUAGAAACUAUUCAAACUUAUGGAUUUCGUGGUGAAGCAUUAAGUAGUAUAUCUCAUAUUUCAAAAUUAUCAGUUAUUACCAAAACCAAAAAUUCUAACUUAGCUUAUAAAGCGUAUUAUAUGAAUGGUAGAUUAUGUAAUUCAAGUUUUAAAUCAUCAAUAAAAGAUAUUGAACCAAAACCAAUCGCUGGACGAGAUGGUACUCAAUUAAUAGUUGAAGAUUUAUUUUAUAAUUUACCUUCAAGAUUUAAAGGUUUAAAAAGUAAAAGUGAUGAAUUUGCUAAAAUUUUAGAUAUUGUAGGGAGAUAUGCUGUUCAUACUGAACAUGUUGGAUUUUCUUGUAAAAAAUUUGGUGAUCCUUUACAUCAAUUAAAUACUAGAGCUAAUUUACCAUUAAAAGAAAGAAUUCGUAUAGUUUAUGGUUCAAGUAUUGCCAAUGAGUUAUUGGAUAUUACAUUUGAUCAAGAUACAACUACUGAAGAUAUUGGAUUAUUAAAAGUAUCAGGAGCUAUUACAAAUGCAAAUUAUAACAACAAAAAGAAAAUCCAACCUAUAAUUUUUAUAAAUCAUAGAUUAGUUUCUUGUGAUCCAUUAAAAAGAGCAAUAAACUCCAUUUUCCAAUUUUUUUUACCAAAGGGUAGUCAUCCAUUUUUUUAUAUUAGUUUACAAAUAAAAUCAGAAAAUUUAGAUGUCAACAUUCAUCCAACAAAAAGAGAAGUUAGAUUUUUGAAUGAAGAAGAAAUUAUUGAAUUAAUAGUUGGUAAAAUUCAUGGAAUAUUAUCAAGUGUUGAUACCUCAAGAAAAUUUAAGACUCAAACUAUUGUAAAUAAAAGAAACUCAUAUGAAUUAGAUGAAGAAAAAAUUGAUGAAUUUAAAAAUCAACCUUUGAAAAAAUAUAGGCAAGAGAAUAAACUAGUUAGAGUUGAUGCUAAUCAAUCUAAAAUUAAUCCAUUCUUAGUAAGACCGUCACAACCAUUACAAAAAGAAUCUUUAAAAGAUUUCACAUUUACAGAAAAUAAUUCAAUAACCCAAGAAACUUCAUCUACCCUAAAACCUGACCUUACCUCAACUCAAUCUCAACAAAUAGAAAUAAAUUCACAAAGAUCACAAGUUACAGUAAAUUUAGAUUCAAUAAAUACUUUAAAACAAGAAUUAUCAGAAUUUGUUGAUAAAUCAUUAACUAAUAUUUUCAAUCAUGCAGUAUUUGUUGGCAUAAUAGAUCCAUUAAAAAGAUUAUGUUGUUUCCAAUAUGAUGUUAAAUUAUUCUUAUGUGAUUAUGCUUCUGUAUUGUUAGAAUUUUAUUAUCAAAUUUCAUUAAAUGAAUUUAGUAAUUUUGGAGAAAUUCAAUUUGAUGAACCAAUAAAUUUAAAAGAAAUUUUAAAACCAAUUUAUAAAUUAAAAUCAGAUUUAAUACCAAUGGAAGAAGUUAUUGAAAAUAUAAUGAAUAUGAAAGAAAUGUAUGAAGAAUAUUUUCAAAUUAUAAUUGACAAUAAUAAAAAUUUAAAAACUAUACCAAUGAUAUUACCUAAAAUUAAACCAGAUUUUAAAAAAUUACCAUUUUUCAUUUAUAGAUUAGGAACUAAAAUAAAUUAUGAAAAUGAAAAAUCUUGUUUACAUGGUAUAUUAAGACAAAUUGCAUUACUUUAUUUACCUGAACCUUUUAAUGAAACUGAAGAAGGUGAAGAAACAAAAGAAGAAAUUGAAGCCAAAAGAAAUGAAUUAGAAAAUCAAUUGGAAAAUAUUUUAUUUCCAGAAAUCAAAAAGCAAUUUUUGGCAACAAAGAAUCUACAAAGAGAUAUUAUUCAAAUUGCUGAUUUACCUGGGUUAUAUAAAGUCUUUGAAAGAUGUUAA